CAAAAGAUAACAAACGGAUAGAAGUUGACUAAAACGAGACCUCAUUUUUAUCGAAAAAAAAGAAAAUGGUUUAAUUAACACCUUUUCAUUUGAUAAGAAAUGGGUAGACGAGGCAGAAGACAAGUGCUACAAUUAGGGGAUAGUAGCGAUGGAUUUCUGGCUAAGUAUGGUUACAAUAGACAGGAAGAAGACAUUCCAGGUGGAAACGAUGAAUCUGAAGACGAAGCUGAAGAUGAAGUAGGGUCAAUUGCUCCUCCAGCAGAAAUUAGCAAGCCAAAAGAGAAUGGAAAUGGAGAUCACAUAGAUUCACAAGUGGCAAAUUUUCUGGCACAACUUGAACAUGAAGACAGUAAUGAUUCUUCAGACAGACCUGGGUUUACAAUGGACCCUGAGGCGGCACCUAGUUUUAAACAGAAUCCAGAUCAGAAACCUAGUAACACUAAGGAUACAGAACCAACCUUUGUUUCUAACAAAGCCAGAUCAAUGUAUAAAAACAUGUUUGUGAAGGGAGACUCAGAAUUUACAGGGAGAUCUGAUACGGAGAAAAGUACGACAAAGAAAGAAACAGACGUAGAAUGGCCUGAUGAGCCGACCACAGUCUGGCAGCAGACAUUGGAUGACAAUACACAAUGUUAUUACUACUGGAACACAGUUACAAAUGAAGUAACGUGGGAAAUUCCACCAGGAUUUACAAAGUAUUUACUGCAGAUGAAAUCCUAUGAAGAAAAAGUAGCGAAGCUUCAAAAGGAAGGCAAAGUUAAACCAGUCAAGAAAGUUGAACCAGAAGCCACAAGACCACUACCAGCACAUAUAAUGCCACCAGAGACUAAAUCUCCAGAUGUACCAGUCAAAAAAAAAGAGCCAGAGUUAGAAUCAAAAGAUGACAAAAAAUUGGCGGAUAGUAAAUCAUCACCAAAAAGGGCAUUAUCAGCAUUAGCUGCCUAUGACGAUAGUGAUGCUGAGACUUCUGCAUCAGAAUCUGAAGGAGAUGAUGAUAGAAAGAAGAAAACAAAGAAGAAAGAUGAAGAUGAAGAUAUAGAUUUGGACCUUGAUGAUAUAGAUAAAGCACUAGAAGUCGCUCUAGAAAAGAAAAAGACUGGGAAAGAUUCCAACAGCCCUGACAAAAAAGAUGGCAAGAGUAAAAGUGAACCAAAACCAGCUGCUCCUAAAAAAUUAACUUUAAUAGAUUCAAUAAAGGAACAAAUCAAAUUGAAGCAGGAAACAGAAGCUCGUAGAAAGGCUGCCAUUGAAGAAAUGAUGGCAAGGGAGUUAGAGAGACGUGUUGGACCACCAAGGAAGAGGUCUGGUGAAGAGGAGACUGUGUGGGAUGCUAAAAGACCAAAAAUUGUUGAUUACGGUCACAGUAGGUCAAGGUCACCUGUGACAGAAAUAGGUUCAAGAUUAGAUGAUAGAGAUUCCAGAAGACGACAUGAGAGUCACAGAGAACGUGACAGUGACAGACAUAGUCAUAAAGAAAAAAAGAAAAAGAAGGAUAAAGAUAAAGAUAAGGAAGAUCGUCACCAUAGGGAUGAAAAAAGAAGGGAUCAUGAUAAACAUGAGAAAGAACAUAAGGAAAGAAAGAAAGACAAGAAAAAGGAUAAAGAAGACAAGAGGAGAGAGAAAGAUGAAAGGAAAGAAAAAGAAGAUAGGAAAGAAAAAGAUGAUAGGAAAGAAAAAGAUGAGAAAAAAGAACGAGAUAGAGAAAGAGACAAGGAAAAAGAUAAGGACAGAGAGAGGAAAAAAGACAGACAUGAAGAAAAAGAGAAGAAAAGUUCAGAAAAAGAUCGUGAAAAAUCCGAUAAAAGGACAAGUGAGGAAGCAGAACAAACUGAGAUCAAAUUGAAAGACAUAAAAAAAGAAAAAGAAGAAAAUUCAGAUGAAGGAAAAGGAAAAGAUGAAGAAAUGAUAGAAGUUAAGGUAGAAGUUAAGGAAGAGGUAGAGGAGAAGCCCCCUAAGAAGUCGUUAGAUGUAGAUAUUGAUGAAGAGCUAGAGAACAUUGUUACUGGUACUAUUAAAGCAGAUGUUGAAUUAGCUAAUAAAAAGAUGCAAGCUUCAGAAUUAGCAGAUUUAGCAUUGAGCAAGUUAGAAUUUUUAGAAGUAACAAAGAAAGGGCUAUCAAAGCUGCAGAUUCUCCUAGUAGAAUUAGAGACCAGACACCAGGAUUGGCAAGCUGGUGGAUUGAACACUGAAUUUUAUCUCAUUAAACUAGAGGAAGCAAACUGGCAAUUAGAGCAGUACGAAAGAAGUGCAGCGCCACCUGGAUGGUCGUGUCAUUGGGACAGGUCAUACAGACGAUACUUCUACAUGAAAAAGAGGAGUAAACAGACACAGUGGGAUUAUCCUGAUGACGACGAUGAGGAUGAGGAAGAGGAUGUCAGAGAUUCAUCACCAGACCAGGAACCUACAGUCAACAAGGAUCCAGUCAAAACAGUUACCAGUCAAGUCGAAAGUGAAGUUGUGACCUCAACAACCCCAGAACAAGAUGAAGUAACUUCCACCAAAGAUUCUGUUUCCUCAACAGAGGAUAAUGUGGAGGAACCUGAGAGCACUGUCCAACAGAGGACUGCUCCUAGAGAAUGGCCUGACUAUGAGGAAAGGACUGCUCCUAGAGAAUGGCCUGACUAUGAGGCUGUAACUAAUUUUAUAAGUGGAACAGAAUAUAGUGGGGUUAUAAGGGGAGAACCACCUCCACCAGGGACAGAUUUAGAAUUUCUUCUUACAGCCCCUCCCCCUCCCCCUCCUCCUGUGGAGGAAGACAUGGAGGAGGAAACUUACUCAACUUAUGAUGUCCCAGGACCUCCAGAAGGCCACCUCCCAUGUACUGAUGAUAUCGACGGUGAAAUUAUGGAAGAUGAAAAUGAUUUUCAGGUAGAUGCAGAAGCAUCUGAAUGUGGUAGUAACAUUGAUGUGAAAGAACAAUAUAAUGAAAUAGAACCAGUCCCAGUAGACCCCUCUAUUAUUGCCAGACCCCCUCAGAUAUUUACAGAUAAUCCAUAUCCAUCAUAUUAUGAUCCAAAUACUAUAAGUGAACAGUAUCAGGAGAGUGGGCAAUAUUAUAGCGAAGGUGGCACUGAUAUGCCUGUUACUAUGGAAACAGCUGCCAUUGAAGAUGUUGCUUCUUCACAGCUGGAGAAAGAGAGAAAAAAAAAGAAAAAAGAAAAGCAAUCAGGUGGACAAUUAAAAAAUAAAAAUGUAUCCAACCUUGUACAGAAGUGGCAAAAAGUGAAGAAAGAGGUAGAGAUAGAGGAGCAGGAGAGAGAAGAAAGACAAAAUGCUAUACGACAAAAACUGGAUGAAUGGAAAAAAGAACACAGCUGAAAAAUGAAUAUGUCAGAUGUUGUGAUUUCUGUGACAAUCUUUGUGAUGAUGAAGCACAUUACAGCAUUAUGAUGUCUGGUGAUAGAUUAGUAUUAAGAUGGUGCUUAAUAGAGUAGAACAGUGUCACCUACAGAAUCUCUCAAUGAUUUAAGAAAAAAGGAACUUUUAUGUACACUAGAUCAUCAAGACAUCAAUAUGAAAUCUAUUUUUUUCAACAUGGUUGUAUAUGUUGUAAUGAAUUUAUAGUAAAGAUUUUGUAAAAUUUUUCCCUCGAUAAAAAUGUGUAUGCUUUUUACUUAAUUGAAGUUGUGCCUUUAUCAGCUUGCUCAUGCCUUUUUUUGUAUUAAAUAAUUAUAAAAAAGAGGCAGAAUAGUGAUAUAUUUAUGUCAUGGACUGAUUCUGAAAUUCAACUUUCAUCCUGGAAAGUUCUGUUGCACAGACUCAGAAAUCCUUGAAAAUGAACCAAUCAGAAUGUUCAAAAUUUCGAAAUAGAAUUUCCCUUAAUGCAGCAUUAUUUUUGAUUGUCAAAACUGCAAGUUAGAUGUCUAAUUUGUUUUCAUAUUUAUGAAGAAUGUUGUUAAAAAAUUGUAAAAAGAUUUUAUAAACCUAAGUAAUAGUUGAUACAAGAUGGAAUGAAAUUUUUAUAAUAUUAAAGUAACAAGUGGAUGUAGUUGUCGUGUAGGUCGGUCAUCUACAUUGACAUUCCCUUUACAAUCUUUAUAGUGUUAAUUAUAUAUAGAACACAGCCUGUAUCAAUUUAGUGAUUGGCCUGAACCCAUCCUUCAUUGCAAUAUAGACUUUUUCUGCUGACCCCAUGUUUAGCAAUCUUCAAUCAAUCAAACAAUGUGAACCCAUCAUUAGAUAAAAGUAAGAAACCAGGCAAUGGACAUUAAUCCUGUUACUAGGUUUAUGACUUUGUUAUAAAUACAUGAAAUGUAUCUUUAUAAUUUAGUUUAUGUGUCACACUAUUCAUGGUCUUGUUUUCUCAUUUCUCUUUAAUUUGUGAAAGGAGGGACAGGAGUUAAUGCCUAUUGAUAUUUGUCUUGCCUGCAGCAAAAUUGUAGAUGUGAGAUUUAGGCAUGAUGUUUCCUUGGUUUGUGAUGGGGGCUUUAACAAAUGUUUAAAUUCCAGAUAAGGUUAGUUUAGGGGGAACUAUUGAGGUUUAGUCAAUGAUAUUUGGUAGACACAGUUGUUUUACCAUUGGCACAUCUUAUUUUCAUUGACCCAGAAACUAUUGCAUAUAAUUUUACAUGUUAGUGGUAAGGUAAAUUUACUAAUUGUGAGUUAAUUGCAUUUGGUAAUUAGUUGUUCUUCCAUUGGUACAACUCAUUUCCAUCAAUAUAUUACCCCCACCCCCUCAGUCAGGUUAUUUUAACUUAAACAUUUGCAUUAUACUAUCAAAAUAACACAUAAGCAAGACAUAUCUCUGUGUCAACAGUUUAUGUUACAGUAAAGUUAAAGAAAAUGGGCUAUGUCAUUACGUAUCUAAGAAUGUUUUUCGCUGAUUGUAUGUGCUUUCUAUACAAAUGUUCGCCUAUUUUGAAAGAAUUCAAUCAGUAAUAUUUAAAAAAAAAAAGAAGAGAAAUUCAUUAUUAUUUGAUUUUCAGUUAAAGAACAAAGAGCCAAAGUUGUAUGCAAAAUUUUAUCAAAUCUGUGACAUAACUCAUUUACUGUUUCUUGACCUUAAAGGAAUCCUUUUAUAGGCUUAAAGUCAACAUUGACUUGUAUUUCUGUAUAUGAGGACAGGAUUCCAAAAUUGUGUUGCUGGAAUUAAAAAUUCAAGCACCACAUCUUCAAAUUUCUUUAUCUAUUCAUUGAAUUAGAUACACAAUAUUUAUUCAGUAUUUUAUCUGUUUUACAUGUCUGAAGUAGUGUUCACUUGUUGAAUGAAAGCAUAAUCUGAUUUUAAUGAACAGAGAUUGUGUUGGAAACCGCCGCCAAUUUCAUUUCUCAAUUUCUUUUAAAAGAUACCAGAAAAUAAUCUGAUUUCUGUAGUAUAGUACUACUAUGAGGAAAAGAGAGAUGAUUUAAAAUUAUAUACUUGAUUUUUUUUGUUAGCUAGACAUUGUAAAAUCAUUUGGAUAAUCUGAAAGAUUGUAAAACAACUUCAUUUAAUUUGAUUUGGAGUUUUUCUAGUUAAUUACAAUACUGCCAUAUUUCAAUCAAAUUAAUAGCAUAGUGAUUUUCGUGUAUUUAUUAUACAAUAUGUAUUAAAAUUUUAUUUUACUGCAAAAUGUAAAAAGCUAUAUAUAUACUUUUCUUUAUUGUAAGAAAAAGCUUUUAUGCAAAGUUAUGGCGUUUUGUCAUGUUGAAUAAUUCACUUAGUGAAUAUCGCUUACAAGUGUGAACAUAUCUGAUGUGAAUGUCUGCCUGAAAAAUUAUUUUGUGCACACAAAUAUUUUUAUGAGAACAUUUAAAUGACUUUCAUUUUGUGUUUACAUGAUGGACAAUGUCAUUUGAAGGUUGUGUAUAUGAUUUUUCAUUAGAUGAAAAUAAAUGAUAUUUUUAUGUGAAAAUUAUUACUGAAUGUAUUUAAAAACUAUAAAUCAUUGUAUUCUAAAUUUGUCCAAACAUUUUUAUAAAGAUUUUUUCUUGAAAAAUUUAAAUCAUUUAAUCAACACUUACAGUGUAAGUUAUAUGCAUGGUUUUAAUGUAAAAGUUAUUUUAUUUUUUCAUCUGAAUAUUAAACUGCAAAGAAAGCACAACUCAAACAGUUUUUUUCAAUCACUCUUCUGCAUAUAAAAUGGGUUUUUUUCGUAAGGAUUUGAAUAAAAUAACUCAAGAAACAAAAUUUACCGAUGUUAAGGAUAAAAUAUAUGUACUGAAGUCUUGAUUUGUAUGCAGGUAAGUAUAAAGGGAAGGACCACAUUGAUUCAUUUUACAAGUCAUUCAUAAUCAAUGCAACUUAGAUAUUUGGAAUAAAAAUAUCUUUUGAGCGAUGCUGUUCCUAUAAUCUAAAUUUAAUGGUUAUAUUCCAAAGACUAAUUUUUGUUUUUGCUGGAAGGUUAAAAUUUGAAAUCUUAAAGGAAUAUGUAAUCCAAAUUUUGAAUAUAAUGUUAUGUGAAUAAGUCACCAGGAAGUUAUAGGAUUAUACUUUUGGAGGUUUUGAUUUAAGGGGUAAAGAAAAGCUUAUACAUACCUUUGCCUUCAAAAAGAAGUAUUUUUUAGAUAAUAUAUGAAUAUUGAACAAUAAGGAAUUGAGUAAGGAUAGAAAAGGUCUUAAUUAGAAUGUUUUGUCUUGUUAACACAAUUUUUUAAUAGAAAAACUCAUCAAACCUUCAGAAUUGAAAAAAAAACGUUUUAUUGAGUAGAAAUUAUAUUUUUAAUUUCAUUGGAGGGGGCAUUUAAACAAUCUUGCAGACACAUUUUAGAUCUUUCAGUAAAAACUUUAAAUUUAAAACAUUUAAAAAGAAAAAAAAAACCAAACCUAACCAUCCUUAUUGAUGGAAAAAUCACUUGAGGUAAGUAUUGGUACAAUUGAAUUGUUAUUUGACAAAAAUGAGAGAAAAUCAUGAUUUAUGUUUUGUAUACAGCAACUUUGUAAACGAAACAAAACCUAUGUGAUUUCAUUGUAAAAGCUAAUUCAUUAUUAAAUAUGAAAAACUA